CAAGUAAAAAGAUUUAGAGUGUGUAUGGAUAAAUAUAAAAAAAACAGAGAGGAAUCAUAGUUAAAUUAAUAAAUAUGUCAGUAUUGAAUUAUAUAAAACGCAUAUUUAUUAAUCCUUUAAAAUAUUCAAAAGAUGGACAUUAUAAAAUGGUGUUGAUUGUGAGAUCAGAUAUAUCCAUGGGAAAGGGAAAAACUGCUGCUCAAUGUGCACAUGCAGCAGUAGAAUGUUAUCGUCAAGUGUCAGCCAAUGUGAAAUAUCAACAAAUGUUUAAAGUUUGGUUGUUACAAGGUCAACCUAAAAUUGCAUUAAAAGUAUCUAGUGAAGAAGAAUUAAUGUCAUUAGCUCAUAGAGCUCGGAAAUCUGGUCUAAUUAUUUCUAUAAUAAAAGAUGCAGGCAAAACUCAGUUACAACCUGGCACAAUAUCUACACUUGGUAUUGGGCCAGGUCCACAAAAACAGAUAGAUGACCUUACAUGUCAAUUGAAACUAUUGUGA